AUGGAGCGGGAGGAGGAGGAGGAGGAGGAGGAGGAAGGAGCGAGGGCUGAGCCUGAGGCUGAUGAUGGAGCCGGGGCUGAGGCUGAUGAUGAUGAUGAUGAUGAUGAUGAUGAUGGAGGAGCCGGGGCUGCCGGGGCCGAAGCCGAGGAUGCUGAUGCUGAGGAUGCUGAGGAUGCCGAGGAUGAGGAUGCAGCCGAGGCCGAAGGCGCGGCGCUGGCCGCGCGGUUCCUGGCGCUGCAGCUCGCUCUGUCCGGGGCGCUGCGGGCGCUGCCGCCGCCGGGGCCGCCGGUGGCCGCGGUGUACGCGCCGCUCGAGUACGCGUGGGAGCCGCACCGGCGCUUCGUGCGCCGCUUCCUGCGCGCCCCGACACCCGUGCUGUUCCUGGGCAUGAACCCCGGGCCGUUCGGCAUGGCCCAGACCGGGGUGCCGUUCGGCGAGGCGUGGCACGUGCGGGAGUGGCUGCGGGUGUCGGGCGCGGUGCGGCGGCCGCCCCGGGAGCACCCCAAGCGCCCGGUGCUGGGGCUGCGCUGCCCGCGGAGCGAGGUCAGCGGCGCCCGCUUCUGGGGGCUGAUCCGCAGCCUGUGCCCGGAGCCCCGCGCCUUCUUCCGCCACUGCUUCGUGCACAACCUGUGCCCGCUGCUCUUCCUCGCCGCCUCGGGCCGCAACGUGCCGCCGCCGGAGCUGCGGGCGGCCGAGCGGGAGCGGCUGCUGGCGCCGUGCGGGGCCGCGCUGGCCGCCGUGGUGGCGGCGCUGGGCGUGCGCCUGGUGGUGGCCCUGGGCCUGGACCCCAAAACCGGGGCUGGGCAUGAACCCCGGGCCGCUCGGCAUGGCCCAGACCGGGUUUUAAUCGCAAUAAAGCAGCGCGGCCGCGAGGUGUAA